UCACCGUUCAUUAAACGUGCAGUCUGGGCUUUACAACAAUAUUAAUAAUUAACACAACUAAUGAGUCAUUUAUCAAGUCUCUGGCAAAGUCUUGCAGCCAGGCUGGCGCCAGCCCCCGCAGCAGGAAAAUGGGGAACUCAGCAGGAUCGUAGCAGCAGAGCAGGAACGGGGCAGAGUACGUAAGGGAAAGUGAGGCGUGAGCUGCGGGAGGAGGCUGGUUCGCACAGAGACAAGUCGGAACUAGGAGUCGGUGAUCGGGCCUGCAGCGUGUGCAGCUCCCAGUGCUGGGGACGGAGGACGCGACGGGCAGAUCGUGCAGAGAAUGGGAAUAAACCCAUUCAACUGGGGAAGCGAGGCCGAACCAUGCUCGGAACGAGCGACUUAGGGGAAGGGUGAAGCUGGCACCAAUCCUAGAACCGCGGAGGGGAUCCAGCUUGGACGGUUUGGCCAGGGGGGAAGAAGAUCAGACGAACAACCAGGAAACGGGGGGUUCACGUUAGACGUGGCGGGUAGAAGCCGGCUUGGAGAGACCCAACGCUAGCUGGGGUUGGGUGAACAGCAACGUCUCUGAGGAACUGCUCCUAGACAGAGGGGAAUGGAGACCAGCCAGCCCUGGGGAGACGGGCCUAAGGCGAGGAGAAUCGAGCGUUUCUCAUCUGUCAUAGUGUGGUUGGUGUUUAGUACAGUCUCUUUGAGCCCGUGAGCUGCACCUACACCUACCUGCUGGCGGACCUGAAGACCAAGGAGGCGGUUCUGAUCGACCCGGUUCUGGAGACGGCCAAGCGGGACGCGGAGCUGGUGCGGGAGCUGGGCCUCAGCUUACUGUAUGCAGCCAACACCCACUGCCACGCCGACCACAUCACGGGCACCGGGCUGCUGAAGAAGAUGCUGCCAGGCUGCCGCAGCGUCAUCUCCCAGGACAGCGGGGCCUUGGCCGACAUCCUCAUCCGCGAGGGCCACGGCCUGGAAUUCGGGGCCUUCGCCCUGGAAGCCCGCUCCACCCCCGGACACACGGACGGCUGCCUGACCUACGUGCUCAGUGACAGGACCAUGGCCUUCACCGGGGACGCCCUGCUGAUCCGGGGCUGCGGCCGCACGGACUUCCAGCAGGGCUCCCCGGAGACCCUGUACCGCUCCGUGCACGAGAAAAUCUUCACGCUCCCCGGAGACUGUCUGAUCUACCCUGCCCACGACUACACGGGCCAGACGGUGUCCACGGUGGAGGAAGAGAGGACCCUGAACCCCCGACUGACCCAGAGCUGCGAGGCCUUUGUCCAGCUGAUGAACAGUUUGAACCUUCCUGAACCCGAACAAAUGGAUUUUGCCGUCCCAGCAAACCUCAAGUGUGGGAUACAGGAUGCAGCAACUUAGCCCCGCCCUCUUUCUCCAGUGCCACGCCCUUUGUGUUAAGCCCCACCCACCUCAUCAUAGGCUGCACCCUCUCAUUGACCCUUAUGAUGAUGGAAGGUCCUUUGGCCUGGGGCUGGCUGUCCCUGCCUCUCACUCGGGUCCCCGCCCUUAAGCAUAAUCUGGGGGCUCCCUCUUUGGGGUCCUGAGUAGGGGGGCACAUUCCUUAAGUGGGGAGAGGGUUAGUGAUCUUCAACCAUGGAAGCUUCCCUUCCCCCGCUGCAAUGUCCCCACCAAUUCCUCUAACACCUCCAGUUGGGCAUUAGGGAGUUUGCACCUUCCUCUGCAUUUUCUGUGGGGUGGGGGGGUCCCCCUAGCCUCCAUGGGGGAGCAAAGCCCCCCCGUUCCCUGAGCCUGGUGUGCAGAGAGCAGGGAACCCCGGCAGCCGGAGUUGGGGUCUGCAAGAGGCCCCAGGCCCCCAUAGUCUCUAUUUGAAUGACAGGGUGCCCGGGCAGCCCCUGCUCGGUUCUGUGAGGCCCUGCUUCCCACCCACGCUGCAGGGCUCCCUCCACUAGCUGGACUGUCUCUGUCUCUGCUCCGUGGGGUGUCGGCGCCUCCAGGCCGAGAGCUGGGAGUGGGGCUCCCCCACUCUGGGCUGGGAGAGGGGGGGCCCCUGUCUGUGACUGUGGCUCAGUCUUGAAGGGGAGAGGGGGGGUUGGAAAUGAACCGCUGCUGAGAGAAUAAAGUUGUGUUGGACGCA